AUGGCUGAUAAGCGGAAAGCGCCACCCUUGGGUGGUGGUGAGCUCAUGCUCUCCAAACGUGCAAGACAGGGCCCUAGUAGCGAUGGAUAUGCCCUCAUACAUCGCCAGGACCGUACAAGUAGUCUAGCUGCGCCUGUUAUGGCCCUUACGGAAGCACAUACUGCUGAGAUCCUCGAUGUGAAGUUUGCUCCUGACGGCUUUACUAUUGCCGCUGCAUCUUGUGAUCGCACAAUUUCUCUCUGGGAAACAUUCGGUGAGCACCGCAACAUUGGUCAGCUAGCCGGCCAUAAAAAUGCUGUUACCUGUCUGGCAUGGGUAUCCGUCAGUGGUGAUGACCGUCUUUUGGUAUCUGGCUCGGCAGAUGGCACUCUUGUGCUGUGGAAGACAUCUACAGGGGAGCGUAUUCGACGUCUUCGUGGUCACCGCGGCAUCGUCAACAGUGUCGCAUGCACGCGCUCAGGCGAUGGCUGUAUAGCCUCUGCCUCGGAUGAUGGCCGUGUGCUCUUCUGGGACUUGGAGUCCCGGUACCCGAUCAGCUCCCUCGAACUUGGAUACCCGGUCACUUGUGUGGAGUUUUCGGACGAUGCAGCACAGCUGUUCGUCGGCGGUGUCGACAACGCCAUUCAUGUGAUUGACUUGGCGACAAAAGAGCGUGUAUAUUCCCUUUUGGGACACACCAACUCUGUGACGUCUCUCUCUCUUUCUCGUACAGGCACACAUCUUCUUUCUUGCGGACUUGAUGAUACAGUCCGGGUAUGGGAUGUGCGUCCGUACGCAGCACCCAAAGUGGAUGCGAAAGGGAAUGCGCGUCUGCACCGUACUCUACUGGGUAUGGCCAGUGGCUUUGAAAACCUAUUGCUGAAAGCGGCCUGGAGCCCUGACGGCGAAUGUGUGGCGUGCGGUGGUGCGGAUCACACGUCGAAUAUUUGGAACGUGGAGAAAGGAACACUUCUCUUUAAACUGCCGGGUCAUCGUGGAACAUGUACAGCCGUGGACUUUCAUCCACGGGAACCGAUCCUUGUCUCCGCAUCCACCGAUUGCACUAUGCUACUAGGCGAAUUGGAUUCGGACUAG